GAGCCAUCGUCUCAGUAUCAACCACCCCCUCAUACCAAACACACCAUGUCCAUCUUCGCAUCGUCUUCCCGGCUCACUUUGCCAUCUCUGUCCUUACCUUGGCUCGGAUCUACACGUCAGCUCAGUGGAGCCCAUCGAUACGUCAAGGGCAAACCGAACAAGCUAAAGUUACCAAAAAUCCGAUCUCCCUAUCAACAACCAUCGACCUUGAAACGACCACCAGUGACUGAUCCUGGAUCCAGUUCAUCAUCUGACGCAGCUGCUUCAGGCUGGUCUGAAACAUCACCCUUUAUCCCUAGUCCUCGCACAGAUUUCGGUUGGCGACCAUCAGCAUUUACAUCAUUAGAGAAUUCCUCACUUCAGCUUCAUCAUUCCCCACCUGCCUCGGCUCCUAGCUACACCACUGGAAAUGUCCCUGAUCUAGUCAAUUGGCUGGGAGGAGAAAGUGUCAGGUUAUCUGGAGAAGAAAGGGCUCCGCUAGCGAGGAAAUUGGGUCAGGAUCUCAGAGAACAGACAUUGGCUGUCAAGUCCGACCAACCGUUAUGCGCAGAGAUCAAAAGGCUGAGAAGUAUAGGGUUGAGUCGAUCAAAGAUCGUCAAGAGGCUUGGCUUGCCGGAUGAUUACAGACUUGUCAUCAGCGCCAUUGCUCCUGAAUCAGCGGAACAAGCAGCAAAGAGAGAAGCUCUCGCCGAACGAGUGACAGAUAAAAUGUCGUACAGCAAGCGAUUGGCGCGAGAAGUACGAGCUAGAAGGAAGGAGUUUUGGUAGAUUAUGCACUGCUCAUGGGCAUAC